CACUCCUCAGGCAGAGCAUUGUCGUGGAACUGCUUACUAGUUUUUGUGCUCUACGCUUCGCUUAUGAACAGGGAAGGCACCGACCCAAUCAUAAGUCGAUGGAACCACCUUGUGGAUAACUUGGAAGCGGAUCACGUCGCACCCAUCCUAAUCUCGAAGGGCUUUCUCUCACCCGAAUGGGAUGAUGAAGUCCAUCACCCUAAAACAAGGAGGAAGAAGAGUGAAGCCAUCCUCAUAACCAUCCGACGGAAAGGACCCGCUGGAUUCCAAGCCCUGAAGGAAGCUCUUGCAGCAGUACAUCAGCUUCAUCUCCUGGAGUAAACGAGUGCUAUCUGGAUGUGAUUCGACUCCCCGUGUUUCCCUUGGCAAGUAUAUCCUGGUUUGGAGUCAUGUGAUGUGUGAACAUUGAUUUAAUAUUUAAUAUUUUAGUUUAUUUCUUAAUCGACAUCAUCAUAAUAACUGACGCUGAGAUUACUACCUCAUUGAUAAAAA